CCCACCGUCACUCUCGCUUUCAUUGCGUAGAAAGACGAGUCUAUGGAGAAAGGAUAAGAAAAAUGGGUACAGAAGACGAAAAAUAAGCCAAGUAGACAACAUCAGAAAUAGUCUUUUUAUAAAUAAAAAAAAUGGGGCGGCUUGUCGUCAUCUGAUGCCUUCUCAUAAAGGAAACGUAGAAAGAAAACGGGCGCUUGUGCAUCGGAAUAUAUCAUUAUUGACGUUAGCUUCGGCACAGGCUUGCUUGAUACAGUGUUUGUACUUCCAAUUAGCAGAAUAGCCGUGAAACUGAAAAAAAAAUCCAUUCGCAUGGAACGACGAGACGGACACACAUGAAUUUCGACAGACUGUCAGUUCGCCGUCUUUGGUUUGAUUGGAGACACAAAGGACGUUUUGUCAACAAGGACCAAGCUAAAGUCGUUGGUGAAUAUGCCUAUUUACCUUCAAUUUGAGUGAAUACAUGCAACUAGCUAGGAAUACGAUGUUGCUUGCGUCUGCCGUGGUCGUGUGGGAAUGGCUGAACGAACACGGGCGCUGGCGUCCUUACAGCCCGGCCGUGUCUCACCACAUCGAGGCUGUGAUUCGAGGCGACCCUCGCGGCGGCAGUGUUGUGCUGGGCCAGGUUGACACCCGUCUUUCGCCUUACAUUAUAGACCUGCAAUCCAUGCACCAAUUUAGACAGGACACAGGGACCCUGCGGCCGGUGCGGCGGAGCUUCUACGACCCCACGUCGGCCCCGGGGCAGGGCUGGCUGUGGGAGUGGGAGAACGACGCGGGGUCCUGGACGGCCUACGACACGGAGGUGGGCAUCGCCAUCCAGGCGGCGCGGGACCGGCAGCAGCCCUGGCUGGACCUGUCCCCGCUCGGGUUCUGCUACCUCAUCGACUUCCAGACCAUGACCCAGAUCAACGGGCAGACCCAGCGGCGCCGGCGCAUCCAGCGCCGGUCCGACCUGGCCUACCCGCUGGUCUCCGGCCCGCUGCCCAAGUCCCACGGCUGGGGCGCGGGCGCGGGGGGCGGGGGCCCGUCCGGAGCCCUGCUGGGCGUGGGCGUGUCCGGGAUCAGCGCCCCGGGCAACGGGAGCGCCUAUCCGAGCGGGACGCUCCCGGGAACGUCGCUGACGCCGCUGGGACAGCCCUGCGCCUGCCAGCAGUGCAUGCUGGUGUUCAGCGUGAAGACCAGCGCCAUGGCCCACACGCUGGGCCGCAAGCCCCCGCCCAGCAAGCCGCCCAGCCCCAAGUCUGCGCCCAUGGGGGGCCGCCUGUCCUCCGCGGCCAUGGGCGGGGGGAACUCCUACACCCUGCCCCACCCCCUGUCCUUCUCCCGCUCCCUCUCGCCCUAUAAGAACGUGACGGGCGCCAGCGCCAGCAGCUUCGCCCACUCCUUCUCCCUGCUGGGGCCGGCCACCGCCGCCCUGUCCCUGUCCUCCACCCGCCCGCCGCCCCCGCCCCUGCCCCCGCUGCCCCCCCCGCCCCCGCCCCCGCCCCAGCAGCUGCAGCCGCCCGCAGCCUCCGCCGCCGCCAGCUCCGCGUCGUCCUCCUCCUCCUCCUCUUCCUCCUCCUCCGCCACCUACACCACCGCCGUGCCGACUGCCACGCUCAUCUCCACGGCGACCAGCACCUCGUCCUCCGCUCCGGCCCCCCGCACUCUGAGCUCUGCCUGCGCCGCCCCGCUGCCCCCCCGCGCCAGCCUGGCCGGCCUCAGUCGCCCCGCCCUGCACCGGAUCGCCGUCGCCCAGUCCCGCGCUCUCAUCGCCUCCGGAGUUCCCACGGUACCGGUAAAGAACCUGAAUGGGUCCAGUCCAGUCCACCCCGCACUCGCUGGUAUUACAGGCAUCCUGAUGAGCGCGGCGGGGCUCCCCGUGUGUCUGACCCGGCCCCCGAAACUGGUGCUGCACCCCCCGCCCGUCAGCAAGAGCGACAUCAAGCCCAUCCCCGGCCUGGGCCACUGCUGCCGCAAGACCACCAAGAAGCAGGCCCGCAAGGGCAAAACUCCAGAGGAGGUGGUGAAGAGGUACCUCCAGAAGGUCCGUAACCCCCCUGAGGAGGACUGCACGAUAUGCAUGGAGCCCUUGGGCAGUCCGUCCGGGUACAAAGGCCCCGGCGUCAACAGCGUGUCCCGGGGGGAGUCGGUGGGCCGCCUGGUCACCUGCGGACACCAGUACCACCUGCAGUGUCUGGUCGCCAUGUACAACAACGGCAACAAGGACGGCAGCCUGCAGUGCCCCACCUGCAAGACCAUCUACGGGGUCAAGACUGGCAACCAGCCCCCUGGCAAGAUGGAGUACCACGUCAUCCCCCACUCUCUCCCAGGCCACCCCGACUGCAGGACCAUCCGCAUCAUAUACAACAUCCCCCCCGGCAUCCAGGGUCCUGAGCACCCUAACCCCGGAAAGCCUUUCACCGCCAGAGGGUUCCCCCGACACUGCUACCUCCCCGACAGUGAGAAGGGGCGCAAGGUCCUGCGGCUGCUGCUGGUGGCCUGGGACCGCAGGCUCAUCUUCUCCGUGGGCACGUCCAGCACCACCGGGGAGUCUGACACUGUCAUCUGGAACGAGGUCCACCACAAGACCGAGUUCGGCUCCAACCUGACGGGGCACGGCUACCCCGACCCGGGGCACCUGGACAACGUGCUGGAGGAGCUGCGUGCCCAGGGCAUCACCGAGGAGGAGGGGCUGCAGCGCGAAUGAACCAGCAGGGGGGCGCUACACCACCCCCGGGCUGUGGGGAGAGGGCCCCCGGGCUGUGGGGAGAGGGGGCAGGAGAGGUACACGUUGGUCCAGGUUCUCCGACCCUUCUGACAGCAUUGAGAGACUGCACACUGGUAUCAGAGACAGACCCCCUGAUUGGCUGCUGUGACGGUGGACGAAUCCUGAACCAACUACACGAUACUUAAAACAAAUUUUACAUUUUGCACUGAGAAGGAAGGUUUUACAGCCUGUAUGUAGCUAGGCAAAACUCCCACUGCGGUGAGCGAGCUGGUACUGGAUGUAUUACACGGUACUGCUGCGGUACUAUGGAAGAAUGAAGAAUGAAAAAAAAAAAAAAUUGUUCAGUGUUCAAACAAUGAAAUGGUACUAAUGUUAAAACAUGCUAUUUUAUAAUGUGCUAAUGCUGCAAACAUAACUAGUCAGAGAGGCAUUUUCUGUUUGUGGGAGAGAGGGGACACAGGUGAAGGACUUAAGAUGGAGGGCUUUGGGGAAAAAGAGAGAGAGUGAGCUUGGGAGAUGGGUAGAGAGAGAGAGAGAGGGAGGGAGGAAGAGAGAGAGAGAAGGAAGAGAGGGUGAAAGAGAGGAAUUGUGGGUUGGAUUUGGGAAGAUUUUAGCUUUAUGAUGCGUUGUCACUGAGCCAGACAGGCUGUGUCGCCCCUGACCAAAAACUCCUCUUCUCGUUCCUAAAACUGUUGAAGUUGCACGACUCCCGGAAUCGGUGUAUGUGAGCAUGUGUUUUUACUGCCCACUAGUGGUUCCGUUCAGCAAGUUAAUUCAGUUCCUUUAAAUAUAUGAAGUUUAUGGUGAUUUUUUCUUUUUCAAAUGUAUGGCAAGUUAGCAUUAAUAAUUCACUUGUAAUAUUAUUAUUUUUAAAUAUCAAGGACCAUUCCAUGUGCAUGAUUUUUUUAUUUUGUACCCUUUACUUGUGCCCCUGUAUGUGCUAUGUCCAGGGCGUGUCCUCUGUUUUGCUUGAGGAUCCAUAUGUGGGGCCUGUUCCAAUGGCCCCUGUCGUAGUGUCAAUUUGAGUUCAAGUCCAUAUCUUUAAGGGUUUUUGAUUGUAAUUCAUGAAACUCUGAAGGCCUUGAAUUGUAGUGUUUUUAGAGAAGCGGAACUGAUGCUGGAGGAAACCUGCGCCUGGGCGCGAGUUGAGAGCUGCUGGUCACGUAAAAACGAAACGCACAACGACGACGUGAGCAUUCCCGGUCUGCUUCGCCCGGUCGGUUACGAAACGAGUACGAAGACAAGAAGUUGAGAUUGGACAGGCGACCACAGGUCUACUGAGAGUUUCACAGAGUCCACUGUGCCAGUCAAUAUAGCCAUAACUAGGUGUUGGUGUCGAGUGACCAAACGGUUGAAACUACAGUGUAUGUUCUAGUUUGUGAACCUGGGAGAAUCCCGGAUUCGUUCUGCCGGAAUGAGUUAAAUUACCCUACAGUAUUAAGGACACGUGCUUCUUCGCUUGGGGUUUGCGCCUGUAAGCACAUUUUAUUUGAGCCGUGGCUAAUAAGGCACCUCAUCCGCAGGAUAGAGUGUGCCGUGUGCACCGUGUGCGGACAUUUCAGCCAGUUCGCUUAUUUGGGAGCACAGGGCCAAAUGAAGAGUUGUACGUCCCUGUGCCGUUUGUUUUGUGCAUGCUUAGGUGAAUUAAACGCGAGAAUGAAUGUCAGAUUUCACAGAUGUGAUAGCAUGCACUCUAAAAUGCACAAAAUGGCCGCGGCAGCGGGAAGGUUGACCUUAAUUAGAGCGAUAGAUGCAGGCUGGACUGUUCGCUGCUGGCACGAGCCCCUUACGGUCCUGCGACGUCAUCCACUCUCUGCUCUGAACUCUGACCCCUGGUGGCCUGUCCAGUCUGUCUAAGUUGGGUCGAUGAAUGACCUGUUUAUGAGGUUGUACAGUUACCAGUAUGUGUGUAUUUGUACAUACAUAUGUAGGCCUACAUUCAUAGUCGGUAUUUGUAUGCGUGUGUACGUACGCUACUUUACAUUGAAAACCAUGUUUUUGAAGUACAUUUAAGUAACCGAGCUGUACCCUCGGCCAUAUUGUUUUUAUAUAUAACCCGUGAUAUAUUUUUCAAUGUUUUUCACUCAUUUUUAAGAUUGUAGUUUAUUCCUUUUUAUGAUUCCGUUUUGAAUGUGUAUGUGUUUCUUUAUGAUUUUGUUCACGUGCGUUGUUUCUGUUGGAUAUUUUCGCCCCAUGUUUGGAGUGUUUAUUAAAACAGAGGCCAUGGCAACAGAAAGAUUUCCUUUCCCCCUUCAUCCCUCCUCUGUUCUGUACAUAAUUAUUGUAUGUAAGUAUUUACAUAUGUCCGUUUUCCUUUUUUGUGAUAAUUAAAAAGUAGACUUUUCAACUAUGUUUAAGCCCCAUGGUACAUCCUUAGUCUGACUGAGCGGAGCUGCGUCUUGACACGACGCGUGUUAGACGCGUUAAAGUUCCCUCGUCGCUCGUUUAAAAAGACGUUAUUUUUAUGGAGGGCGUGAAGCUUAACGGCCAAUACAGCAUAAGGACACCAGUACGAUGUAUAAACACAAACGUUUGUAAAUACAACAAUCGCUGAAAUACUGAAUGGAAUUAUCAACCAAUAAAUUUAAUUAAGUGGUA